GUGUUUCGUCCCUUUCUAAUGACGUCACACACCGAGUACGAUCUGGAGCUGCAGUACUGAACCACAUCAGAUUUACCAUAUUUCAACCCAAAACUAGGCUAUAAAUACACCUGUUGAUGGAGGACGUGCUCCAGGGAAAUGACAGACCAGGGCAAUAAUAAUCAGAACAUCUCCAAAAACCCCUUCGCAGCACUCUUCAGUUCUCUCGCUGACGCAAAACAGUUUGCAUCUGGCCAAAAGCAACCGCAUCAUGCUGAGCAACAAUCUGUAGAUUCAGGAGAGAGCCAGUCUGAGUCAGAAAAUUCUGUGUCUGACAGCAUCGAUGAAAAUGAUGACUCGGUGGCAGAGAUCAGCCGAUCUUUCCGCUCGCGACAGGAGCUCUGCGAGCAGCUCAAUGUCAACCACAUGAUCCAGAGGAUCUUCCUUAUCACUCUGGACAACAGUGACCCCAGUCUAAGAGGUGGUAAUGGCAUCCCACCACGCUGUGUAUACCUCGAGGAAAUGGCCGCUGAUCUUGACGGCCAGGACUGGCUUAACAUGGACACCAUAGAGCAGGCUUUGUUCAACAGGCUGCUUUUGCAAGAGCCAGGUAACCAUCUCAUUUACAUGACCUCCUGCAGUGUAGUGAAUCUCUCAGCAGAUCGUGAUGCUGGGGAGAAACGUGCCAUACCGUACCUUUAUGCCUGCUACCAGAGAGCUAAGGAGGAGGUCACUAAAGUCCCGGAGAAGCUGUUGUCGUAUGCUGUUCGCUGCAGAAACCUGACUUUGUCCAAUGCCCGCACGGUACUGUUGACCCCAGAGAUCUACAUCAGUCAGAAUGUUUAUGAGCAGCUUCUGGACCUGUUGCUGGAGGCUGUGAGAGGAGCCCAGUUUGAGGAAGUUGUGGAGUUUUUGGAUGAGGUCAUCGCUAUUCUGUUGGCUGACCAAGAGGUGCGGACCUUCGGGGAGGUUAUGGUGCCAGUGUUUGAUAUUUUCCAAGGCCGGGUCAAAGACUUAGACCUCUGUCAGCUGCUGCUGUAUUCCUAUCUGGAAAUUCUCCUGUACUUCUGUCGACACAAGGAUAUUUCUAAGGUUUUAAUGGAGCACAGUCAGCCCAAAGAUCCCAACAGUGGGAUUCAGUAUCAGAAAACACUUCUGGGAACGAUCCUGAAUAUAUCAUGUCUGCUGAAAACUCCUGGUGUGGUUGAGAACCAUGGCUUUUUCCUCAAUCCUUCUCGCUCCAGCCCACAGGAAAUGAAGGUUCAAGAGUCGAAUAUUCACCAGUUUAUGGGGCAGUUUCAUGAUAAGCUGUAUCAGAUUCUGAAAAACCUACUUCAGCAGUCCAGUGAGACGCGCCACCUGCUGCUCUCAUGGCUGGGUUGCUGCCUGCAGGCCAACAUGGGGCGGGCAAAAAUCUGGGCAAACCAGAUGCCCGAGAUAUUCUUCCAAAUGUUUGCUUCGGAUGCGUUCUUCUUGAAUCUGGGAGCUGCCCUGCUCAAGCUCUGCCAGCCGUUUUCUCGACCCUACUCCCCCAAACUCCUGACCUUUAACCCCACGUACUGCUUGCAUAAGGAGCUGAGUGAGGAAGAGCGGCGUAACAGAAACGUGCACGCUAGAGGUUUGGACAAGGAGACAUGUCUGAUACCUGUGCCCCCUCAAAAAACGGUUGAAUUUGCCCAAUCAUACAGCCUUCUCACAGAAAACCUCAUCCUCACACAACUUACCCUGUACCUGGGCUUCCAUAGACUUCAUGAUCAGAUGGUGAAGAUGAAUCAGUCUCUCCACCGGCUCCAGGGGACGUGGCGGGACACACAGCUCAGUGGAGGCCCAGCCACAGAGCUACGGGAACAAUUUGAACGCCUUAUGACAAUCUAUCUUUCAACCAAGGCUGCUACCACGCAGCCCGCCAUGCUACAAAACUGCCUCAACCUUCAAGCCUCCUGCGCCGCCCUGCUGGUUCAGCUCAGCCUGGGCAACCAGGGCCCUGAACAUAUCCCGCUCACCUUUCCCUUACCUGCACUGGAGAACAGCCUGCUAUGCUUCGUACCAGAGUUCUUUGCUGAAAACAUGGGCGAUUUCUUCAUAUUCCUCCGCCGCUUUGCUGACGAGGUGCUGGAGUCCUCGGCGGAAAGCUUAGAACAUGUCCUGACCUUCAUCACUGUGUUCAUGGGCAACGUUGAUAGAAUGAAGAAUCCUCAUUUGCGGGCAAAGCUGGCAGAGGUUCUUGAGGCAGUGAUGCCCCAUAUGGAGACUCUGUCACCUAGCGCUACCCAGCCCAUCAUGUUCCAGCGCCAAAGGGCGUUCAGCUCAUAUCGGCAUGCACCCCAACUUGCUGAAGCCCUCAUUACAGUGUUUGUGGAUAUAGAGUUCACUGGUGAUCCUCAUCAGUUUGAGCAGAAGUUUAAUUACAGGAGGCCAAUGUAUGCCAUUCUAAAGUACAUGUGGGGAGAAGAAAGUUACAGGGAGAGCAUUAAGCAUCUUGCAGAUUAUGCCUCUAAAAACCUUGAAGCUAUGAAUCCGCCCCUCUUCCUAAGGUUUCUCAAUCUCCUCAUGAAUGAUGCAAUCUUCUUACUUGACGAGGCUAUACAGUACUUAAGUAAAAUCAAAAUCCUCCAGCUGGAAAGGGAUCGGGGAGAGUGGGACAGUCUGGCCCCUGACGCCCGCAGAGAGAAAGAAUCUAGUCUGCAGAUGUUUGGACAGCUGGGUCGCUUCCACAACAUCAUGUCAAAUGAGACCAUUGGCACCUUGGCUUUUCUCACAUCUGAAAUAAAAGGUCUUUUUGUUCACCCCUUUCUUGCUGAGAGGAUCAUCUCGAUGCUCAACUACUUUUUGCAGCACCUGGUAGGCCCCAAGAUGGGCGCCCUGAAGGUGAAAGACUUCAGUGAAUUCGACUUCAAGCCCCAGCAGCUAGUGUCAGACAUCUGUACUAUUUACCUAAACCUGGGAGAUGAAGAAAAUUUCUGUGCCACCGUCCCAAAGGAUGGAAGGUCAUAUUCUCCCACUCUCUUCUGCCAAACUGUCCGCGUCCUCAAGAAAAUCAACAAGCCUGGCGAAAUGAUUGUAUCUUUUAGUAUCCUAGCAGAUAAAAUUAAGUCCCUUGCAGACAGGCAUCAGCAAGAGGAGGAGACCUACUCUGAUGCUCCGGAUGAAUUCCUGGAUCCCAUCAUGUCUACCUUGAUGCUUGAUCCGGUGCUGCUACCUUCUUCAAACGUCACAGUGGACCGUUCAACAAUAGCACGACACUUACUAAGUGACCAGACAGACCCCUUCAACCGCAGUCCGCUCACCAUGGACCAGAUAAGGCCUAACGCAGAGCUCAGGCAACAGAUCAUAAAGUGGCUUGCUGAUCAUACGCAAAGCAACCAGCAAAUGGGACCUAGUGGCUAAACCACAUUACUCCCCUCCCCCAGCACCCAGGCAUGCUCUGUAUGACUAAGCCAUUCAGAUGUUUCUAGCCUCUCUCAUACCGCUUUGAAACAAGAACAUUUAACCACAUUUGGAGGAGCACGUCUGCAUUUAUGCUUCUCAAAGGUCAAAUGCAAAUCUCAAAAUGUCAUAAUACUGUAGCAUAUUCAGCUAUCUGUUCUCUCAGACUUCUCUGACGCUCGAGGUCUCUGUAGGCAGAACUCAAACUUUUGCAUUUUGCCUUUACAAGCUGCUCACUGUGGGAAAUAAAACUUUGGUUUAUAGACAGAUGAUGACAUGUAUAAGGUUUGCUUACCUGUUCAGUGCAUUUGCCCUACCUCUGACUUAAUUCAUAUGUAUGCAAUCUUUUAUAUGCAUUGCUUAUUUGUUAACUUAGAAAGUUAGAAUGUAAGCAGUGUACCUUGUAUGAUAUUAAGGAAGAAGAGUUGUGGCCUCAUUUGGUAUUAAGGAAGGAGGAUAAUGUUGGCUGCAGAAGAGAUUAAAAUGUCAGAAUAUUUUGCUAAGAUCAUCAGCAUUAUAUUCCACAGAGUUUCAGUUUCAUAGUUGUACCUAUUGGUUUUAAAGGCAUUUGUGCUCCAUUAUGCAACAGUCACACGUCCUUUUGGGCUGGUCGGGAACUCGACCAUUUGUCAGAGUGUUUUUGUUCAUUAUGAACAUUUUAUGAUUGAAGCAUUUGCUAUAAUAUGGACUUUUAUGAGACUUGUUAAGAAUAUUGAGCUCUUGUUGAAAUGUUUGGAAAUACCCCUGUACAUUUUUCAAGAAUCCAUUGUCUUUUAACAGCGCAAUAUGUCCCGAGUAAUGACUUGUUUGACUGCUGAGUCAGCCCUAUGACCUCCUCUCAUGCAGAGUGACAUCAUGCCCUUUUGUUAACUGUUGCAAAACUGCAUGCUUUGGGUGGAUGGACUUUCCUUCUGACAUUUGUCUUAAAAGAUGACAUUGAUAGGACACUGUCCACUCAGUGGCUUCAGUUGUGAGAGAGUUGCAUUAGACUGACCCAUUAAGUUUUGUAGGGUAUAUCUGCAUUUUGAUUUUCAUUGAAUUGUUCAUUUCAGUGAGUUAGUUGGGUUUUCUAAAUUCUUUGUUCCCUCAUACGCUCAAGACCUCAUCCAGUCAAUAAAUCUGGCCCCAUGAAUUCUCAAAGCAAACAUAUUUCUGUCUGUUGAGAUGUGCAUAUGCAAUCAUUUGUCUCUUUUAAUCACAAUUAAAUAACUUUAACUGAACUUGAGUUAAUAGCAUUAAAGGUGGUAGAUAUAUAAUGUACAUGCUAACAUGUCCCUCUUGAAUAUAGAACAACCAGACUUUCUAUAGUGGUAUUAGAUGAAUGAUUAUGUCAAAUUAAUCAAUUGAACUGCCCCAAAUAACAGCAUGCUUCACUGAUGUUCAUUUUAUUUUUUAAACUUUUUUAAAUCAUGUAUUAAUUGUGCUUAUGGC